UGAAAACCCUUUUCCUUUCGCCUUACGCCAAGGGUAAGGGGUGUGCUUAGGAGGAGGAAUUACGUUUGCUUACAGCUUUCUGAUUGAAAGUACAUACUAUCAUCUUAACCUUUAUUUUCCUGAAACUAUAUAUUUAAUUCGCUUGCAUAUUUUCCACUGCAACAACCAACGCUCCUCAUCAUAUCAAAGACAAGAUGCUUCCCACAGUGACUGGACCAGGGGCUCUGCCCUUCGCCGUGCAGUUGAAGGCUCUGACUGACCAGGAGUUCAGGUACCAACCCAAGCUGAGCGGUCUGAGGAUCAUUGAGACGGCCCAUGACAACGGCCUGAGGAUGACCGCCCGGCUCAGGGAGUACGAGGUGAAGGACCUCCUGUCUCUGACCAGGUUCUUUGGCUUCAGCGCCGAGACCUUCUCCCUGGCCGUCAACCUGCUGGACCGCUUCCUCGCCGUCAUGAAGAUCCAGCCAAAGCAUCUGUCAUGUGUGGGCCUGUCCUGUUUCUACAUCGCAGUGAAGACCUCCGAGGAGGAAAAGAACAUCCCCGUGGCCAACGAGUUGAUCCGGAUCAGCCAGAACCGCUUCACCGUGUCCGACAUGAUGAGGAUGGAGAAGAUCAUUCUGGAGAAGCUCUACUGGAAGGUCAAAGCCCCGACAGCCCUCCACUUCCUCAGACUGUUCUACAGCCACAUACAGGACACGCUUGAAGAUGACUGCAAGGACAUCCUGAACAUUGAGAGACUAGAAGCCCAGCUGAAAGCCUGCCAUUGCUCUUUUACCUUCUCCAAAGUCAAGCCCUCUCUGCUUGCCCUGUCCUUGUUGACCCUGGAGCUUCAGGAGCAACAUGACCACGAGCACAUAGACAAGCUGCUCAAUGCCUUCCAGUCUCUAAAGCAGCAACUCACUAUCCGAGAAGGGGACCUGGUUACGGUGACAGAGUUGGUUAUGAAGUGUCUGAUUGAGUAUUCAACCACCAGGGUCUCCAAGCCCAACAGCCAGAGGCUUCGUUGGAUCCUCUCUGGCAGGACGCAACGCACGUUGAAACACAGCUAUUACAAGAUCGCCCAUAUGCCCACAAUACCGGAGUCCGCCUACUGAACCCUGGGGGUGGGUGACCACAGUACACAGAUGCAAAAGGAGAAGUAGACUACCACCUCUUCUCCCCUAAAAACAUAUUUUGUUUUUCAGUUUCAUGGAAAAAUAGCGACUUCCUGUACUCUACUGUUGCUACACGGUCACCCACCUCCAUCACUAACCCAUUUCCCUUACAGAACUGCAUUAUGGAUGAUGUAGUUCUUUAAGGGGAAAACCUGUUAACUUUUCUUUUCCUUUCUCUUGGUUGUUCUGUCAUGGCACUUUUUGAAUAAGCUCACUAUUUAUUAGCCUACAUCUGCUUCAUUGACUAAACGUGCAUCUGAAAUGGAACCCUAUUCCCUAUAUAGUGCACUACUUUUGACCAGAGCUGAUUGCUCUUUAUAGGGAAUAGGGUGCCACUUAGAAUGCACUCUAAGGGAGUAAUGCCCGGUCAAGAGUGGGUUUAUCCGCUGCCAUCUAGCGAAGGUUAAAUCCUUCCUGGUUGAAAUGCUUGCACGCGUGUAUACAGUAUGUUCUUAUCUGAAUCAGUACCAACAUGAAUACUCUGCAUAGUAUUCUAUCGUGGUUGCUGGUUUUAAGCAAUGAAGUAUAGAACCACCUAGGUCCUCAGUCCACUAUGUGGAAGAGGAGGGAGAAGGGUUUUGUGAAAAUGCAAACCAAUGGAACCAAGAAAUCGGACCCAAAACCCUUAACUUCCACCCUAGGUUGAUGAACUGGCCUAAAAAUGCACACUCCUCUACCCAAGGUGAUGAAAAAAUUUAUUUUUACUUUAUAAACUUUUUUUUUUUAUACUUGUGAGGGCGUUUGAGGUUUCCUCAGUGAUGUGAUGAAACUAACAAUGAUCCUGCGCAUGUAUUGGUUUUAGCUUGCAGGAUAGCUGUGGAUGACAUGGUACCCCACUAUGGUAUCAUUUUGGACACACCCACUAUCUAAUGUAAUGUCUAUUACUAACAACGGUUACAGAUGAACAUGGUCACUAUUACAAAAUGUGAUGUUGAAUUAUCUUGAUUUGUGGCAAAACUUUAGCCUUUAGAAAACAACCACUCGCAAUUAAUUUAUUGUGCUAAAAUGCACUCUAAGUCACUUAGAUAAGCACAGUAGAUGUAGGAAAUUAAGUUAGUUUGAUUUGCAUUUACUCAAGUAUUUGACGUGCUGAGGCCAUAGCCAACCACAAUUGAUCUGACAUUAAGUAUUUUGUUAAGAAUUUGAAAUAAAGUUGAUGUUCUGGAAUUUGAAAACAUUGCCUCAAAAAAAAAGUUGGAACUACAUCUGUUUAACCCAUGUGUUUUGGACCUUUCAAUAAAACGAUAUUGAAAAGCUG